AAGUCCAAGCUAAUCUCCAGGAUGGCAGAGCAAUGCAAGAUCUCUGCUGCCAUUGUAGCUGGAUCUGACGAAAGGUCGUGUGUCGUCAAGGUAGAUGGAUACUCAAGAGCCAAGGCGCUACUCAAGAAAGGCAAGUUCGUCAUUUCUGCCCCUUUCAGUGUUGGAGGACACAACUGGGCGGUGCGGUAUUACCCAAACGGUGUUCGUGAGGGUUAUGCCGAUUUCAUAUCUCUUUAUCUACAACUUGAAUCUGCUGAUGCUAAAGUUGUCAAUGCGAAAUUCACGUUCACCAUACUUGACAAGAACGGUGAACCGGUGCCUUCAUACAGCCGUACCAGCAGUAUGCGUACCUUCUCAACAAAAAGUUCAGACUGGGGUUACCAGGACUUGAUCAAGAGGGCAGAUCUCGAGGCAUCGGUGCAUCUGAGAGACGACUGUCUGACAAUUAGGUGCGAUGUCACCGUGACCAAGGAGAUCCAUGGGGAACAAGAAACUAGGGUUCCUCCAGGCGACCUGCACCAGCAUCUUGCCGACCUCCUCAAGAACAAAGACGCUGCAGACCUAACCUUUCAAGUCGGCGCACAAAGAUUCUCAGCCCACAGGUGUGUCCUCGCUGCUCGCUCAUCCGUCUUCAAGGCGGAGCUCCUUGGCGCCAUGAAGGAGAGCUCCCGUAGUCUGAUUGAAAUUUCUGGCAUGGAGCCUGAUGUGUUUGAGUCCUUGCUCCACUAUAUAUACACCGACUCUGUCCCUCCGGUGCUUGAGAUGGCUCGCAACAAAGGCGAAACUGAUAUGGUCAUGGCUGGCCAUCUUCUAGUGGCGGCUGACAGGUACAAUAUAGUCAGGCUGAAGCAGAUAUGCGAGGAGAAAUUGUGCACUCACAUGGAUUUCAACAUGGUGGCAACCAGUUUGGCUCUGGCAGAGCAGCAUGGUUUUCAUGCUCUCAAAGAGGCUUGUUUGCAAUUCCUUUCUUCACCUUCAAAUUUCAAGGCUAUGAUGGCAAGCGACGGUUAUGACCAUCUGAAGUCCAGCUGCCCAUCUGUCAUCAAGGAGCUGAUUGCUAGAAUCCUGCCGGCUGAAUGGAGCGUGGCAAAGGAUGUGGUCAUGGAAAUUUAG